AUGGCUUCUUCAGAAACCAAGUCUCUUGAAGCCAAGUGCUUCUGCGGCUCUAUUCACUUUACUUUUGAUAUUCCCGUAUCUUCUCUUCCCUUGCCGGUAUAUCUUUGCCAUUGCAGCAUCUGUCGCUAUUCAACAGGCGCCCCAGCCGUUUUCCACUCUGUCCUCCAGGACGGCAUAACACCCAACUUUAUUGCACCCUCAACUGAAAAGAAUUUGACCAGUUUCAAACCUGCAGAAGACUGCACAUAUGACUUCUGUUCGACGUGCGGGUGCCAUGUAGCCGGUGUCAGUCUCGACCGCAACUCUUGGACUAUCGCGACCUCCAUGUUUAAAGAUCACGGGCCAGAGAAUUUCAAAAUCACCACGCAUGUCUUCUCUAAAUCAGCACCAGGCGGAGCCAUACCGGCGACAGUAUCUUCAAUCGAGGGACGAGAAGUCAAGCACUACAACCCACCCGACGACGACCCCAGGGCAAAGGUGAAGGUACCAACGCCAGAGGUCGGGUCCAACGGAGAAGAUCGCCUUCGAGCCCAGUGCUACUGCGGCGGAGUCUCAUUCACAAUUGGCAGGCCCAACGACAAGGUCCGCAACGAUGCAUUCCUGUCCAAGUUUGUGUCACCGCGAGACGAGAACAAAUGGUUGGCGCUGUACGACGUUUGCGAUGACUGCCGCCUCGUGAAUGGCACUCAUGUCGUGGGCUGGACUUUUGUGCCGUUGGCGCUGUGCGACCCGCCGAUCAAGUCGGAUUUGAUGGUUGGAACUGCCAGGACGUAUUCAUCUUCGAAGGACGUCUUGCGGUCUUUCUGUGGGACUUGUGGUGCGACUGUAUUCUUUUCCUGUGCUGGACGAAGGCCAACGGAGGAACAAGCAGUUGUGGAUAUUGCCACCGGUAUUUUGAGGUGUCCAAAGGGUGUCAUGGGCGAGGACUGGUUCACGUGGCGAGCGAGACUCGCGUACGAGGAAACGGGGGUUAAGUACGAUAAGGGAUUUAGCGAGGCGCUGAGAGAGGGAAUGAAGACUUGGUCUGACGAAAAGUACGGGGAGGUGUUGACGAUGAAUGUUGGGUGA